AUGGAUGGACAUGGUGAGCGCAACUCUCCAAAAGAGGCACAAACUAGCACGGAGAUGCUCCUCGCUCUGCUGUCGCACAGCGAGGAGCUACGGAAAGAGAUCCCGGUGUGCGCGGGCUGCAGUCAACACAUCGUGGACCGCUUUAUCCUCAAAGUGCUGGACCGCCACUGGCACAGCAAGUGCCUGAAAUGCAGCGACUGCCAGGCCCAGCUGGCGGACAAGUGCUUCAGCAGGGGCGACAGCGUCUACUGCAAGGAGGAUUUUUUCAAGAGAUUCGGGACCAAGUGCGCCGCCUGUCAGCAGGGGAUACCGCCCACGCAGGUGGUGAGGAGAGCGCAGGACUUCGUCUAUCACCUGCACUGUUUCGCCUGCAUCGUGUGCAAGAGGCAACUGGCCACGGGGGACGAGUACUACCUGAUGGAGGACAGCAGGCUGGUGUGCAAGGCCGACUACGAGACCGCCAAACAGCGAGAAGCAGACUCAACUGCAAAAAGGCCACGGACAACCAUCACCGCUAAACAGCUGGAAACACUUAAGAACGCUUACAAUAACUCUCCCAAACCUGCCCGCCAUGUUCGAGAGCAGCUAUCAUCAGAGACGGGCCUGGAUAUGCGGGUUGUGCAGGUUUGGUUUCAGAACAGGCGAGCUAAAGAGAAACGGCUGAAGAAAGACGCUGGUCGGCAGAGGUGGGGCCAGUACUUCCGCAACAUGAAGCGGUCGCGAGGAAGCUCCAAAUCCGACAAGGACAGCAUCCAGGAGGAGGGCAUGGACAGUGACGCAGAGGUGUCCUUCACAGAUGAACCACCCAUGUCAGAGCUUGGCCACACUAACAGCAUCUAUAGCAGCCUCAGUGAGUCCUCUCCAGCCAUGGGGGGCCGCCAAGGGGGCAACAACCACAGUUCCUUCCCUCUUGAGCACGGUGUCCUGCCCUCUCAAGACCAGUUCCACGACAUCCGCUCCAACAGCCCCUACGGCCUUCCUCAGUCGCCAGGGUCACUUCAGGCGCUACCCAGACACCAGCCUCUCAUCUCCAGCCUGGUCUACCCUGACUCAGGCCUUUCUAUCAUGACCCAGGGCAGCGGGCCCGGGAUCAACCCUGCCGUGAGGGUCUCCAUGGGGGCAGCCAACGGCCCCAGCUCAGACCUCUCCACGGGCAGCAGCGGAGGAUACCCAGACUUUCCUGCCAGUCCGGCUUCCUGGUUAGAUGAAGUGGACCACGGGCAGUUUUGAUUGGUGAUCGACAAAAACUUGGACGAUUGUAUUUCUUUUCUUUUUUUUUGGUUUUCUGUGUCUUCUGUUGGAUUUUAGGAACUGGACAGUGAUUGUGUAAAGGACUAGACUUAUAUCCUUGGCUUGGAUCUCUCCAAUAUCUGAUUAACAGGUCCAUUCAGUAUCUUCGAUCUGGAUGGAAGGAAGGAGAAAAAUGCCCUUCCUUUAAAGCACUUGGACUAACAGUUGUUCUUCGCUAGUAAAACUGUGUGUAAAGCAAGGAAUCUGUUAAAAAAUUUUCAGUUUUCAGAUACCACUAUAAGCUUUUUUAGAACAAUGUAUAGACCACAAAUAGAGACUCAGAAAGUUUAGACAUCAAUCAUUUGGAAUUUCACAGACUCCCCAUAUAUUCUCAUCUCCUCGCAAUGCUAUCUGUUUUCUACAGUGUGUUCAGGUGCAUAAUUCUG